AUGAGAUUCGCGAAAGUUGUGCUGCCUUUGACCUCGGCUGGAGCGUUGGGGGUCAUUGGGACCCUCUGGGCCUGGAACUCGGGGAGCCAGCAGUCGAGGAUGCCCGGAUGUCAAUACAUCAGAAAUAUGGCGUCCUCCAGUAGCUCGAAAGGGAUUCAAUUCGGAUCGGCAUGGUUUCAAAGAAAAAUACAUCUCAGACCGCAGCACCGUGGUAUCCACCUAGUCACGGAAGAAAUCCUCCGACAACUCCCCGAGCUGGCCAUGUUCUCCAUGGGUCUUAUGCAUAUUCAAAUUCUUCAUACAUCAGCAAGCCUUGCACUGAAUGAGAACUGGGACCCAGAUGUUCGGGUGGAUAUGGAGAUGAUGCUUAAUAAGAUUGUUCCAGAAGGAAUGAGCUAUCAGCAUUCCUGUGAGGGACCUGAUGAUAUGCCUGCCCAUGUGAAGGCGUGCUUCCUGGGAUCCUCCUUGACGGUUCCCAUCACAGAUGGACGAUUGAACGUUGGGACCUGGCAGGGGAUCUGGCUGUGUGAACAUCGAAACCGAGCCGGGUCCCGAAAAGUGGUUGUGACAUUGAGUGGGUGCUUGAAAGAUUCACCUGGGGCUUCGGGAUCGGGUGUUGCUCAAAACCCUGGAAGUGCCGGUGGACGAAGUCCAAACACCACCAACAACAGCCCUGGUCCCUCUAGUUAGCCCCCGCACACGCCUAGCCUCCAAAAUUUCCCCCAUUGUUUGCCAUAUUUCUUGUGAUGGGACAAAAAAGAAAACAACACAAUUGUGACAACCUACUCGUCUCGACUUGACGGGUGUCGUCGCUGCAAUUACUGCCAGGGACAAAUUUUUCCCUUUGAUCUUUUUUCCCCCCUUACUCCUCCAGUGCACUUAUGCAUGGGACAAGCAUGUCUUGGGAGAUUUUUUGGGAUGCUCUUCAUUUUAUCUUCACCCUCAUGCCAUCAUUUGUCACAGUUGACAUCCUUGCAAAACUGAUAUCCAUUCAUUUAUCCUUCCAAGGCAUUGUUUCUAUUGAUGAAAGAAAGAAGUGAUAAAUUUUUCUAUCAGUGAUUUGGUUGUUUGUAGGAGGUGCAAGGAAGGAAGAAUUUUUUGCUCACAUUCGUGAAUCUUGAAUCUCACCCUGUCCACUGUUAAAUUUUAUUGAUCAACUCACUGCCACAAGUUUGCUUGAGUUGCUGAACUCCUGCAGUGAGAAUAACAAAAGUCCCUCUCUCAGAUCCCUCAUAAUCGGCAUGUAACUUUUGCCUUGACUCUUGUAAUCCCCUUCCCUGCAUGCUAAAGGGUUUUGGACCCUGAAUCCCUAAAUCAUGAUGCUGAAUGCUGAGCUUCCCUCUUCCUGAAAAAAAAUAACUUCCUGCAUGGCUGAUUGAGCUUGCUUGGAAAAGUCUUCUUGCAUAAGCCAUUCCCAUGCAGGAUCUGAACCUGGAAAUAUGCCUUUCCUUCCUUUCCUUGUCUCAUUGCUCUAGCGUAGGUCUUCCAAUUAUCUGAGCAAUAUGGCUUUCAAUUUGCAGGCAGCUCUUCCCUGUUGUGUGUGCAUGGUAUGUUGCAUUUCAUGCCCAAAGGAACAUGAUGUGCAUCUGCUCUUAGAUCUCUCCUUGAAACAGCAGCAUUUCCUCUUGCAGUUAGCUAAUUCAUUUUUCUUGUACACUUAAAAAGGUAUUGGCAUCAUUUCCUAAGUUCAUCUGGUUCCUUUGUGCAUGAAAUUAGCAUUUGGGAAUCACAUAAGCUCAAAAGACUGGUCUGGUGCUGUUCAUCUGACACGAGAGCAGGCUACUCUUCAUGUCCAGGGAAUAUCAGAAAAUGUCGGUUCAAAAUGGCAUGGCACAACUUUUGUGUCUCAGUCUUGAAAAUGUGAAAUAUGAAAAAAUUUUAUUGCAAAAACUUGGGGAAUAGUCACUGAAGCCGUUGACAAUUGCAAUCUGAAUCUGAUGUUUCUUCGCCAAAGUGCAAUUCUUGAUUUUUUAUUUGGUCAUCCUCAGUGCAAGGGAAGCUAUUGAAUUGCAAUCUGAAUCUUGUGUUUCUUCUCCUAAGUGCAAUUUCUGAUUUCUACCAUGGUCACUGUCAGCAAAAGGGAAGGGUUUCAUUCAUGAUGUCAUCCUGCAAGGACAAGCAAAUCAAAAGCUUAGGGAAGCCUCAUGAAUCCUGCCUUGGAGUUGACCCAACUAUUUUUUCUUUUUUUUUGCUUGUCAACUCUGCCAUUCUGUCCUGUAUGGGGGAAUGACUCCAGAGCUGUUGGGCCUUAGUGUGACCCUGUUGACCUGUGGUGUUCUGUUCCACUAGUUUAUUCUUGUUUCUAGUCUGUAUCCCCCCUUUCUUUCUGCUUGUUUCUCCUAGUCUUGAAUAUUUAUCAGAGGUGAGUAUUUAUCAUUAGUUCCUUCAAAGUACUAUAUUGACAAAGUUUGAAUUAAUCCGGUGGUUGAGUUCAGGAUUUUUUUGCUUGAAAAUUCCAGAUAUUUUUGUUGCUCUUAAUUUUAUGAUGGAGAAGGGAAGCAAUUGGAAUGCUGUCUAGUAGUGUCAAGGCAUUGGGAAUUGGUAGUCUUCGAAACCCCCUCCAGUAUUAAGGGAUGAGGCUCCCUUGAUCUUGAAUUGAGUCCCCAAAUUGUCUUAGAAGCCAUUUUUUCCUGGCUCAUACAACAGAAAAGCGAUUCCAUGAUGAUGACGUGAUUUUUUCAUGGUUAUAUGAAUUCUUGUUAAUAAAAAAUUUCAAAGUUUG